AUGAAAACAUUGGUUAUCGACCAUGCUGGAUUACGUGGCAAUACUAUUGGUCAUUUAACAACAUCACAUGCUGAUCCUUUACUUCAAAGAUUGAGAUAUGUCUAUAAUAUAACAUCUCCAGAUUUAAGAUUUUAUUGCCGUGGUGCUGAUAUACCAAAUGAUUUUACAACAAAAUAUCGUGUUAAUCAAGUAAUACAAGAUUCAAGAGUUAUUGAUAUGAGCCUAAUAUAUGGAAAAUUAAUAAAAAAUACCCGUUAUUUAAUUGCAUCUAAUAUGGCUGUUAAUUUAACUUUAUUUGGUACACAAGAGACACAUAUGCGUGCCAUACAACGUAACAGUUAUUUUAAGAUAUUAUCAAUAAACAGACGUAUAAAUAAAAAUCAAACACAAGUUUUAUUACAUAUAUUAGAUCAUUGUACAGAAAUAUUUAAAGAAUAUUUAACAAUUAUGGAACAAUAUAUUAUUCAACAAAGUAUACAAGAUUUUCUGUUUAAACAAUGGUUAGAACCUCUUGCACAACUACAAACAGAACAAUGGCUGACUAGAACAGCAUUCCCUAUCGGAAUGGAUGAUAUGAGUAAUUUUUGCUUUGAUGAUAAGGAUAAUGAAGAUACUUGGUCAAAGAAAAUUUAA